AUUCUAAAAUUGGUGAUGGGUUCCAUGUCUCACGUGAUCACUUUCUCUCACCUAACUUGUUCUGCCCGCUCCUCCUAUACCCAAUUCACACCACCACCACCUUCACCUUCUAGAACCCUCAACAAAGUUCGAGUCUUUGCGCAGUUCGAAGCCACCACUCAAACCCCUACUCCUUCCAGCUCCACCACCAUCAACAACAAUAACCAUAACAAGUUUGAUUUCAGUGAUCCUGAUUGGAAGACCAAGUUCCAGCAAGACUUCGAGGCCCGCUUCAGCCUCCCCCAUCUCACUGACAUCUUCCCCGAUGCUUCCCCUAUUCCUUCUACCUUCUGCCUCAAAAUGAGGACUCCCGUUGACAGAGAUAUUCCAGGUCAUUAUUCUUCUGAUGAGGACUGGCAUGGAUACAUUAACAACAAUGACAGAGUGCUUCUCAAGACAAUAUACUAUUCAUCGCCUACAUCUGCUGGUGCUGAGUGCAUUGAUCCCAACUGUACUUGGGUCGAACAAUGGGUUCAUCGAGCUGGGCCUCGGGAAAAGAUAUAUUAUAAACCAGAAGAAGUAAAGGCUGCAAUUGUUACCUGUGGAGGCCUCUGUCCUGGCCUUAAUGAUGUCAUUAGACAGAUUGUAAUUACACUUGAAAUAUAUGGUGUGAAAAAGAUAGUGGGGAUUCCAUUUGGUUAUCGGGGAUUUUCUGACCAAGAAUUGACAGAAGUGCCCCUGUCAAGAAAAGUAGUUCAGAAUAUUCAUCUUUCUGGUGGAAGCCUGUUGGGAGUUUCACGAGGAGGACCUGCAGUCAGUAAUAUUGUGGACAGUUUGGAGGAAAGAGGGAUCAACAUGCUUUUUGUAUUGGGUGGAAAUGGCACACAUGCUGGUGCAAAUGCAAUUCACAAUGAGUGUCGUAAAAGACGUCUUAAGGUAUCUGUAAUUGGGGUGCCUAAAACUAUAGACAAUGACAUUCUAUUGAUGGACAAAACUUUUGGCUUUGAUACUGCGGUUGAAGAAGCACAGAGAGCAAUAAAUUCUGCAUACAUUGAGGCACAUAGCGCAUAUCAUGGGAUUGGGGUUGUGAAAUUGAUGGGACGUAGCAGUGGAUUCAUAGCAAUGCAGUCAUCCCUGUCUAGUGGACAGGUUGACAUAUGUCUGAUUCCUGAGGUACGUUUCAAUUUACAUGGUCCUCACGGUGUACUGAGUCAUCUUAAGUAUCUUUUAGAAACAAAGGGAUCGGCUGUGGUCUGUGUAGCAGAGGGAGCUGGACAGAAUUUACUUCAAAAGACUAAUGCUACAGAUGCAUCAGGAAAUGUUGUAUUUGGAGAUAUUGGUGUAUAUAUUCAGCAAGAGACGAAAAAAUAUUUCAAGGAGAUUGGCGUUCAUGCUGACGUGAAAUAUAUUGAUCCAACAUACAUGAUCCGUGCUUGUCGAGCAAAUGCAUCAGAUGGAAUUUUAUGCACUGUACUGUUCAUGGUGCUUUCGCAGGAUAUAGCGGCAUUACAGUAGGCUUAUGUAACACACACUAUGCUUACUUUCCUAUCCCAGAAGUUAUAUCUCAUCCCAGGUUGGUUGAUCCCAACAGUCGAAUGUGGCAUCGUUGCUUAACUUCAACAUGCCAACCCGACUUCAUUUGAUUACUUAAUGUUGAGUAAACCCGAGGCUUGUAAAUUCAAGCUUCCCAAGAUUAUAUCAUAGCUAGGAAAACAAUUUCAAGCGAGCAGACAUUUUCGAAAAUAAUAGGAAGGGCGGCAUUUCCCUCUUUUUUGUAUAGCAUGGCAACUGAAUAAUACCUUUGCCACCAAAUUGAACUCCAGGUAAAAUUUGAUUAGAGGAACCACCAAGCACUCUGCAUGAUUUUUUAUUUAUUUGUAAGAUCUGUUUACCUGAUAUCAAGGGCCAAAUUUAAUGAGCUGUUGUAUGUUUGAAAUCUAGAUCUGCAGUAUUUUGGAUAAAUAAUAAAUUUUAUGGCUGAUGUUGCUUGUAAAGCAUAUUACGUACCCCAGGUUAAUGGGAAAUUGGUUGGAUUGUGUUCAUAUUCUUUCUUAUUUUCGGCACAUUAUAGAGAGAAAAAGAUUUCUCCAUAGAAAUGGGAGAGUAGAUUGAUGUACAGAGGAGAGGGAAAAAAAAGAGGGGGGUAAAAUACAUGAAAUGUAUCUCUUUGAUUAUUGACCCUAAUGGAAAUAGGUGUGUUUGGUUU